AUGGCCGGGCAGGCGAGAAGACGGCUCACCAUUGUGAUCAAACUGGGUACAAGCUCUAUCGUUGACGAGAAAACCCACGAACCUCUGUUCUCAAUUCUCUCCGUCAUUGUCAAGACAUGCGUCAAGCUUAUCAAGGACGGCCACAGAGUCGUACUGGUCUCUUCUGGCGCCAUUGGCGUUGGACUCCGACGAAUGGAUCUUGAUCGUCGACCGAAACACCUCCCUAAGGUUCAGGCCCUGGCGGCAAUUGGACAAUGCCGACUUAUGAGUCUAUGGGACAAGCUGUUCGACAAUCUCAAUCAGCCAGUAGCUCAGAUACUGUUGACCAGGAACGACAUCGCGGACCGGACUCAGUACCAGAAUGCUCAGGCGACCUUCACGGAGCUCUUCAAGAUGAAUGUUAUACCAAUCGUCAACGAAAACGACACGCUGGCCGUCACUGAGAUCAAGUUUGGCGACAACGACACUCUUUCCGCCAUAACCGCCGGAAUGGUACAGGCAGACUACCUUUUCCUGAUGACCGACGUCGACUGCCUCUACGACAAGAACCCCCGCUCAAAUCCAGAGGCUCGAGCCAUAGAGGUCGUAGAAGACAUCGCCGACCUCGAAGCGGACGUUUCUAGCGCCGGCUCAGCACUUGGGACAGGCGGCAUGUCGACCAAGAUUGUUGCGGCUCGCUUCGCCACGUCUGCCGGCGUCACAACAGUGAUAACACGCUCCUCAAAGCCCGGAAACAUCCCCGCGAUUGUAUCAUACAUCGAGUCACGACGAGCUGCUCCUCCUUCCCCGCGCCAGAAUACAGCCGUCGCACCCCUCCACACACGCUUCCUCCCGAAUCCCCAUCCGAUCCGCGACCGCCAAUUCUGGCUUCUCUACAGCCUCGCCCCCCACGGUACCAUCUUCAUAGACUAUGGAGCAUGGAAGAAGAUGUCCGGAACAUCAACACGCAACCUCCUCCCUGCAGGCGUCGUCGGUGUUGAGGGCAAUUUUGGACAGCAAGAAGCCGCACGCCUCGUUGUGGUCCAGAGACUCCCUCCGACGGACUCUGAUCCAGCUCCUUUCGAAGUCGGCCGUGCGUUGGUCAAUUACUCCGCUGCAGAAAUUCGCAAGAUUCGGGGGCUUAAGAGCACGGACAUUCACGAGGCACUCGGAUAUGCGGACAGCUCGUAUGUUGCAUUGAGAGGGAACAUAGCAUUCUAUGAGGACAAGCGGAGUAGGCCUGCGACGCCGGCUCUGCUGGAUGGUGGAGUUGGGCUAGAUUGA